AUGGGGUUCACAUACGUAGUCGAACAUAUGGAGGAAGACGAAGAGACACCCUCCGCCUUACCGCGUUGGGUAGAACUCGAAUAUAGCCAUAUGCGCGCAUUUGCAGGCCCAGGCUCAUCCGUCGAGUUUACGCAUCUGUCGAAAGCUGCAGGCGCCUCACUGACACAAACAUUUUCCGCGCGGAAAGACGCGGACCUCUCUGACGCAGAGUGCCACACCGAGGGCGUUCUCGCUCUCAUGAAAACCCGCGGUGUUCCGCUUGAGAGGGUCUGCUUGCUUGACCCGAAGGCGCCUAAGGAACUGUCACCCGAGGACGGCGAGGAAUUCGACUGGUUCUUGUUUGGCGGCAUUCUAGGCGAUGAUCCCCCACGCGACCGAACUGGCGAGUUGCGCGCGCUGGGCUUUCCAGGACGUCAUCUGGGGCCGAUACAGAUGACUACUGAUACCGCGCUUGGUGUCACAAAAACGAUCGUUCAAGACAAAGUGAAACUCUCGGAGAUCCCUUACGUUGAUCACCCAACCAUAGUCUUCAACUCAAAAGAGAGCGUUGAAAUGCCUUUUCGAUAUAUCGUUCAGCCGGACGGCACGCCCCGACUUCCACCAGGCAUGCGUGAGCAUCUGUACGAAGAUCUAAAUAAGAGCUUUGAGUUCUAG